CUCUCAGACUAAAGUUAAACCAUCCAUUUUCUAAAGAAAUCAUCAUCAUCCACACUACCUUCAACCCUGAAGGAUACGCGUUUUCUAUUUCAUGUCAUCAAUCCACGAUUUCUCAGGGAUCUGUUAUUUCAAUAAUUAAUUGAAAUCUGUAAUAAACAAAUAUAUUUUCCUCUUUCGGAGUUGUUAACCAUAAUUAAAAAUAAUAAUGUUGUGCCAGUUGAUCUCAUCCAUCCACUAACCGCACGCACUGUAACAUUUCUCACCCGACAAAAAACAAAGUUCCCACGUUAUCAUCGUCAUCGUUAUAUCUGUGAGCUUCCACACACAUACACACAACUCGAGUAGAAAAAUUAAAAAAAAAAAGGCAAACCCUAAGCAAAUCAAUCCUUCUUCUGCACCUUUCCAUGGACUGAUUCCAUUCCAUCUGAUUCUUAAUUUAGUCCCCACAAGUUUCUGAAAUUUCAAACAUGUCCGCCACUAAUACAACUUCUACCCGAUCCGCUGAUGACAUCGUCGACACGACCCCGUUUCUGUCCCCCAACUCUUCGAACGACGACAGCACCUACAAUCAGAGCCGUCGAUCCACCAGGAGGCAGAGCCUACGCGGGGCGGCGAGAUUCUUGCGGAGGGCGAGCAGCCGCCGGAUGAUGCGGGAGCCGUCAAUGGUUGUUCGGGAGACGGCGGCAGAGCAGUUGGAGGAGCGCCAGAGCGACUGGGCCUAUUCGAAGCCGGUGGUGGUCCUGGACAUAAUCUGGAAUCUGGCUUUUGUGGCCGUUGCCGUAACGGUUUUAAUUUUGAGCAGAUACGAGAGUCCGAACAUGCCGUUGAGGCUGUGGAUAGUUGGGUACGCGUUACAAUGCAUUUUGCAUAUGGUUUGUGUAUGCGUUGAGUAUAAAAGGAGGAGACGACGGAGAGGUUCGUCGUUUAGUGCGAUCGAGGAAGGGAAUUUGAGACCAGGGUCAGCUAGAGGAGGAGAGUCAGGGGAGUAUGUUAGCUUAGCAACUCAAAUUGAGGAGGAAGGGACGAGUGUUGCAAAGCAUCUGGAAUCUGCAAAUACAAUGUUUUCAUUCAUCUGGUGGAUCAUUGGAUUCUAUUGGGUAUCUGCAGGUGGUCAAGUGUUGGCUCGUGAUUCUCCUCUGCUUUACUGGCUUUGUAUAAUAUUCCUCGGUUUUGAUGUGUUCUUUGUCGUUUUCUGUGUUGCUCUGGCAUGUAUCAUUGGCAUUGCUGUUUGCUGCUGUCUUCCAUGUAUUAUUGCCAUCUUAUAUGCUGUUGCAGACCAGGAAGGAGCUACCAGAGAAGAUAUUGAGCGGCUGUCAAAAUACAAAUUCCUUAGAGUUGUUGGUAAUGAGAAACUUAAUAGUGAUGCACAAGGUUCUCAUGGGGGAAUAAUGACUGAGUGUGGCACCGAUACACCUAGUGAGCAUGUUCUGUCUCAGGAGGAUGCAGAGUGUUGCAUCUGCCUCUCAGCAUAUGAAGAUGGGGUUGAGCUGCGGGAACUCCCUUGUGGUCACCAUUUUCACUGUAGCUGCGUGGAUAAGUGGUUAUAUAUAAAUGCUACCUGUCCUCUCUGCAAGUACAAUAUUUUGAAGAGCAGUAACCAAGAUACAGUGGAGAUAUAAGAUAAAUUCAAAUAAUUGUGCAUGAUCAUUUCCCUGGCCGCUGCAUACCAUUCUAGCUUGUGAGCAUUUUAAUUGCAGCAUUGCAGUGUUCUCAAUACAAGCUUUGUUAUUGUUGUUGUGGUUGUGGUCCAGUGCUUGUCUUUGCGCUGGCUUUCCUGAGUCUUGUGUACAUAUUAGCAUUGGCCAGUGCCUCUCCGCAGCACUAUUCAAACGUGGUGUAGCUUUUUUUUUUUCCAGCGUUUCUCUGUUUUGUUCUCGGUAGCCAACUGUUAUUGAAUUUGUUUGCUGUUAUUUAAGUGCUUGUGUGUCGUGUCCAA